AGUGUCCAUAAUUACCCAGUACUUGUGCCGAGGUAGCUAGUUCCGUACGCCUGACUUCUGAGUCCAUACUUACCCAGUACUUGUACCGAGGUAGCUAGUUCCGUACGCCUGACGUCUGAGUCCAUACUUACCCAGGACUUGUGCCGAGGUAGCUAGUUCCGUACGCCUGACUUCCGAGUUGGAUAUGGUUCUACCACAGAAUUGGGGAUCUACUCACGACACCAAUGCAUGCAACUCGGACAGUGCCGACCAGUUUCCAGGAGAAAUCGGUCUUAAACUUGGCCAUUGUCAUGCCAACAAGAUGAGGGCGGGCCUGGACAAAACGGCUAGACGCAAAUUGUUACUGGCUAGCGGUCUGUGUCUGUUUUUCAUGACUGCGGAAUUUAUUGGUGGCAUACUUGCUCACAGUCUGGCUAUCCUAUCCGAUGCUGCACAUAUGCUCACCGACUUGGCAAGCUUCCUUAUCAGCCUGUUUGCCAUUUUUCUUGCCUCACGACCCGCUACGAAGAAAUUAAGCUUUGGCUGGUACAGAGCUGAGAUCCUGGGUGCCCUGAUGUCCAUUGUAAUGCUAUGGGUGCUGACCGGAAUACUGGCAUAUAUGGGCGUGCAGAGGAUAAUAAAGAGCGACUAUACGAUAGAACCUGUCAUUAUGUUAAUUACAGCAUCUCUUGGUGUCUGCAUAAACAUCCUGAUGGGUUUGACAUUACAUCAACACGGCCACACACACGGAGGAGGAGGGGGAGGUCACUCUCAUCAUCACGAUGACAGUGACACAAAAAACCUGGUGAAUUCCUCCGCGGAAGACAGAUCGCCUGGAUACGGGUCAGUAACAGAGAUGGAACAACAAAGCCAGGACGAGCCUCACGAACACUCCUCAAACAAUAUCAACGUUAGAGCUGCCUUUAUACACGUACUAGGGGACCUUUUACAAAGUAUAGGUGUACUCAUAGCAGCUGUUAUUAUCUUUUUUAAGCCUGAGUGGAAAAUAGCAGAUCCGAUUUGUACGUUCAUCUUCUCGUUUUUGGUGCUGGUCACAACUUUUACCGUAGUUCGAGAUUUGUUACGUGUUUUAAUGGAAGGUACGCCACGAGGAAUGGACAUAGAAAAUGUACAGUCAAGAUUAUACAAAUUACCCGGUGUUAAAGAUAUCCAUGACCUACGCGUCUGGUCACUCUCAAUGGACAAACUGGCCCUCUCGGUCCAUUUGGCUGUCAGUGCUGGUCAUGACCCACUAGAAAUACUUAAGGCAGCUACACAGAUGAUUCAACUGAACUUUGGUAUCCAGGAAACCACGAUACAGACCGAAGCCUAUGAGGAGGAAAUGUUGAACUGUACCCAGUGUCAGGAUCUCCCGGACUGACCAGUUAUAAGCCCCCUAGACUGAUCAUAAACCAUCACCGUAACGUAUUUUUAAAUCAUGGAUGAAGAAAAUAAAUGCAAAACUUUUUCAAGACUGGAUGUGUUAGGAGUCAGUUGCAUGAGAAAUCGAGGCUGUAUGUGUGUUCAGAUUCACUUAGGAUAUGGGGAAUUUGGACGUUUUAUGAGUCUUUUGUAUGAGAAAUCAAGGCUGUAUGUGUGUUCAGAUUCACUUAGAAUAAGGGGAAUUUGGACGUUUUAUGAGUCUUUUGCAUGAGAAAUCGAGGCUGUAUGUGUGUUCAGAUUCACUUAGGAUAUGGGGAAAUUGGACGUUUUAUGAGUCUUUUGCAUGAGAAAUCGAGGUUGUAUGUGUGUUCAGAUUCACUUAGAAUAAGAGGAAUUUGGACGUUUUAUGAGUCAGUUGCAUGAGAAAUCGAGGCUGUAUGUGUGUUCAGAUUCACUUAGGAUAUGGGGAAUUUGGACGUUUUAUGAGUCAUUUGCAUGAGAAAUUGAGACUGUAUUUGUGUUCAGAUUAACUUAGGAUACUGGGAAUUUGGACGUUUUUAUGAGUCAUUUGCAUGAGACGUUUUAUGAGUCAUUUGCAUGAGAAAUCGAGGCUGUAUUUGUGUUCAGAUUCAUUUAGGGCAAGAGGGAUUUUGGAGGAUUUGCACUGUAUGAUCCAAGUUUUAAACCUAACCAUGUUUCCCCAAGCAAGAAUAUCCAGCAGGAAAUGGGGUUAUUGGCAGUUUUGAAAAUCUGCAAAAAUGUCAUUCAAUGAUGUCAAUAUUUGGCUCCACAGAGACAUAAUGUCAUGGCAGCUAUACUGUAAACGUACAAAUUUUAGUGGUAGUCUUAAUUUAGCGUGUUUCAUGCUUUUAUUAUUGUGCUAAAUUAUGAAUGUGCCAAUUGAAGUUCGUUGCAUAUUGUUCUUUACUGCAUAUUUUCGUGAUGUGUCGAUUCAUCAAUGCAUUAAUCUAUUAAAAUUCGAUAAUGUGCUGAAAUUUGAACCCCCUAAAAUAAGCAUGUUUACAGUAUCUGAAUCAUACCCUUGGGUGUAUCAGUCAGAAAAAUGUGUUUAUGGUCAUAACGGUCAUAAGGUUUUUUUUGUGUGAUGUUUUUACUUUUAAUGGUUGUUUGAGCCACUGGACCCAGAGCUUUGGAAAAUGCAGUUUUAAGAUUACUGUAUACCAGGAAAUUUUUGCCUUUUUUGCCCUCCGUAAUGAAGGCAAAUUUAUCUUUAUCGUGAACAUAGUGAAAAACAUAAUACGCCUAAUAAUUAAAUGAGAAUGAUGAAAGUACACUAGGUGGAUAUGGAUUAUUCUGGCAAAGGGCAAACAUUUUUCCCAAUAUACAAUAACACCUUUUGACUUCUUUCUCCUCCAUUCGUCUGCAAUAUUAUAGUAGCAUAGUAGUAAUUGCAGCUAUUAACUCAGGAACCAGUGGCGACAUCAGUCCAAAACAAUUUAUUUUGGGGGGGGAGGUGUGUGUUUGUAUGUGUGUGUGGGGAGGGGGGGGGGGGGCGGGUGGGUGUGUGUGUGUGUGUGUGUGUGUGUUUCAGACUUGUAUACUUGUAUGCUAUAUGUACUUGUAUUACUGUUGGGCCUAUGAGUCGUAUGGCUAAUAAAGAAUCUGAAGCGGACGUGAAACCUAUCAAUCAAUCAAUUGCAGCAAUAGAUAAGGUAGGCUCUGAUUGAGGCUUGACGGUAGACUACAGGUGUGGCCUGUCUUUCGGGAAACAAAAUAAAAGGACAUCAUGUAAAAAGAAUAAUCGUUCUUAGUAGAUAAUUUGUUGUAAGGGAUGUUAAUCAGUACAAGUAUUUGGUUGUUUUCAUAAUUUCGCUGUAAUACUCAGUUCACUGUCUCGGUCAAACAAAAAUUAUUUAAAUGCAUAUUCUAAGUUCACGGCUCUGGGUAAACAAAAGUUAAGAAAAUGUGUAUUGUCAGUUCAGACCUAUGUAGACAAAAGUCUUUAAAAAAAUAUGAUGUAAUUAUAUACCGUAUUUGACCGUAGAUAAGCCCCCACCCCUAGUGAAAAAAAGAAACCAAAAUUAGGGAGGGGGCUAAUAUGUUAAGCUGUAUGUAUUCUUUGAAAUAACUUGAAUGUUGCAAAUGACAAAUUUUCAGUAAUUUCAAGCCUCUUUGCUAGACAAUCACUAGACUGCCUAUGGCAUCUGAAAUGUCUUUGAUCUAAGAAAAUACCUGAUUAUCAGUCACCAGUGGUAGCCAGCACCCCUUUAAAUCUGUUGUGUAUUGGAAAAGGUUGCUCCCUGGAGGUAGAUCAGUUAUUCUUGCAUACUAGACCGAGAUAUCCGCAUUUCCGGCGGUGCUGGAAAAUUCUGUCUGACCCUGGGGUCUGAAUUGCUGACAUGCACAAAUUUGCGGGGGAAUGAUAGUGACCUUUUUCGGUCACGCUAUUGUUCGUGAGGUCAUUUUAUGACGUUUUUGGGUCAGUCAGGGUCAUUGACAUCAUUAACAAUUGCCAUUCGGGCUUGAUAUGCAAAUGAGUAAAUGUGCGGACAGUUUACAACUUUACCAGAAGAGAAGCUGGUUUGAUGGGUUUUAGGUAAAUCAGCAAGAUAUAGAAUCCAUCCCUGAUGUGAGUUAUGGAUAAGUUUAUUCUAACCCUCAGGAUAAAAUAUUGAGCAGAAGACCCCCGGGCAAAGUUAAUUCAAACCCUCAGGAUAAGAUAUAAAGCAGAAGACCCUUGGGAAAGCCUGCAGUCUUCUGUUCAAUAUUUUAUCCCUUGUGUUUGAAUUACCUUAUCAAAAACUCACAUCAGGGAUGGAUUAUAUUAGUCUAGCCCAGUGCCUCAGUGGAUGAGUCCAUUCUAUAUUUUAAGGGUUCAAAGUUCUAUGUAACACGUAUUCACAAUCAUACUGUUCCUAUGUAUUAUUAACAGUUUAUAGUUCUGUUAAACACAGAAUUUCUUAUUCUGGGUGCAAUCCAUCCAGUCUGUUGACGUCUGUGAUAAUUUUACCUAUAUUCCUUUACUAUAAAUCAGGAAAUGUUCACAGCAGUUAAUUAUAAACCUUGAAGUUACCAACCAAGGGCAAAAGGUUAACCCUUUCACCACUGUAGACCAUAAUGGACCCAUCCAUACCAAUGCAUGGUAGAGUCUACUAAAGUUACAUAGGGGUGAAAAGGUUAACAGGGUGAAAGUUUCCUGGUAUUCAGUACAUUCACUUUUUAUAAGUAUUACUUUUUGUCUUUCUAAGGAUCAUUUUACUUUUAUAUUAGUUCUAUGUUUUUACGCAUGUACUAUAAACUGAAAUUUCGCUGCAGUUUAACUUUUGCCUUUUACACCCUCUGUAAUGAAGAGCAAAUUUGUCAUAAUUGCGAAUUGAAAUAAAUAAUAUGAUAUACAUAUUACUUAAAUGUGAAGGGCGAAUUGAACACUGGGUAAUUAUGGAUUUUUCAAGUGAAGGCCGAAUGUUUUACUGUGUGAAAGUUUCCCGGUGUACAUUAUAUUCACUUUUUACAAUUAAUGGAACUUUGUGACAAGAAUGUGAACUUUAAUAAUCUAUUCUGUAACAUUUGCUCAUUUCUUUUGCAUUUAAAAAUGCUUGAAAAGAUGAAAAAAAAUCCCACCUAGGUAUUAACAGUAUUGUUUGGUUUCAUAGUUUAUUGUAAAUGUUAAGUUUUUGUUAUGUUAAAUUUUGGUUCUGUUCAUUUUAGGGAUCCCUGUGUCUCUGUACUGUGGUUUGUACUAGAUACUGUUACCUCCCCUUAUCUUCCUUUUGGAUAUAACCAUUAUAUUACUCAUAAAAGUCCUCGAAGGUAUUUUUUCUUCUUCAAGUGGGAAUUGUAUGAUAUGGAAAC